GCAGAGAAGUUAGGUAUAGUCAUAGGAGAGAGAGAGAGAGAGAGAGGGGUCAAAUCUAAUCUAAUGCAGACAACGGCUUUAUAUCCCCCUCGAAUUUGCCACCAAACAAUUUCACAGACACACAACAGGAGCAAGAGAGCAAAGCAGAAAGAGGAGAGGGCAGGAGGAGAUAAAAAGUGCUUAUCUUCAAACCAUAUCUUCUAUUUCAAGAAAAACCCAAGAAAAAAUGGAUCCCAAUAACCAAACCCUAGAGAACCCAGAAUCCCAAACACCAUCAGAAGACCAAAACCGUCUUGCCAUUGUAUCCUCCUCCAACAACAACAACCCUCUUCCCACUGCUUCAAUCUCUCUCUCUCUCUCCACAAUCCUCCCAACCCAUUUCCUCCUCCCUCCCAAAAUCUCUUCUUUUCUCUCCUCUCCUACUCACCCCAACAAGGUCAAAAUCCCUUCUCAAAUCUCAUCCCUCUCUCACCUCUCUCUCUCCUCCUCUCUCUCCCCUGCUAAACCUUUCUUCAAAUCAACCAUCUCCUCAAACCCUCUCCAAAACCC